AUGUUCUCAUUGAUUUAUGCAGGGUGCGGGGAAGGGCGAGGAGGGACCCGCGGGGGCAGAGUCGGUGACGUGCCCACCAGCCGGAGACACUCGGCGCAGCGCUGGUUCCGGCGGCACAAGGCAGCCGGGGGCUCCUCAGGCAGCGCCCGCUCCGCCCGGCGCUCUCCCUCCGCCCGCCAUCCCGCCUUGUUCUCUGCUGGCCGGGGCGGGGCCCCCCUCGCAGCUGCCACCCUGAAGUUUCUGGCCGUGCUCCUGGCCGCAGGGAUGCUCGCGUUCCUCGGUGCAAUCAUCUGCAUCAUCGCGAGCGUCCACCCUGCGGCCAGCCCCGCCGGAGCUCUCCGGGGUGCUGACAAUGACUCCAGCGCCGCCGCCGCCAAGGGGCCCGGCGCUCUCCACGGUGCUGGGCAGAGCUUCUCGGGCGGCCCGCAGGACUCCCUGCUGGAGCUGCUCUCCGCCAGCGCCCGGCCCCGCCAGCAGCAGCAGCAGCAGCAGCAGCACCAGCCGCUCUUCAGCCGCUUCCUCUGCACGCCGCUGCCGGCCGAGUGCCCCUCCGACAGCCCCGCGCCGGGGGACGGCCCCGCGCCCGCCGAGGACCUCUUCUUCCUGCACGCCGCGGCCGAGCAGCUCAGGCAGACGGCGCUGCAGCAGAGGGACCAGAUCCUGAGCGACCAGGAGACCAUCCGCGAGCUGACGGGCAAGCUGAGCCAGUGCGAGAACGGGCUGGAGCUGAGCUUCCAGGACAGCGCCGCUCUCUGGGGCGGGCCCCGCAAAGACACCAUGGGCGACCUGCCCUGGGACUCGCCUGCCAUGGUCCAGGAGCUGGAGGAUGCUGUCCGGUCGCUGAAAGACAGGAUCGACAAGAUAGAGCAGGAGCUCCCACCACGAGCCAACAUCUCCACCUCCUCCUCCCCUGUGCUGACCCGAGAUGUGCUCCACACCAAGAUGGAGGAGCUAGAGGAGCAGCUUCUCUCCAAGAUACUAUCUCUGGAGAAAGAACGCUCCUCCGUUACCAGCAACAAUGACCAGCAGCAACAAGAGGUGGAGAAGGAGCUGAGUGUUCUCCAGAGCCGGGUUUCUGAGUUGGAACAGGAGCACCCAGGAGCACCACACUUUAACCCUCCAAAUGCCUACAAGGUGACCAUCCCCGUACGGACCAACUACAUGUACGCGCGCAUGAAGAAGAGCCUGCCGGAGCUUUUCGCCUUCACAGUCUGUAUGUGGCUGAAGUCCAAGGCCUCCUCAGGGCUGGGCACUCCUUUCUCCUAUUCUGCCCCCGGGCAAGCCAAUGAGAUUGUGCUGAUGGAGUGGGGACACAGCCCCAUGGAGCUGCUCAUCAAUGAUAAGGUUGCCCAGCUGCCCCUGAAUCUGAAGGAUGGGACAUGGCACCACAUCUGCAUCGCUUGGACCACCCGGGAUGGCGUAUGGUGGGCGUAUGAGGACGGUGAGCAGCGUGGGUCCAGUGAGAACCUGGCCGCCUGGCAUCCCAUCAAACCCCACGGGGUGAUAAUCCUGGGCCAGGAGCAGGAUACGCUGGGCGGGCGAUUUGACGCAACCCAGGCCUUCGUCGGCGAGAUAGCUCAGUUCAACAUGUGGGACCAUAUCCUGACACCCACCGAGAUCCUGGGCCUGGCCAACUGCACCUUCCACCUGCAAGGCAACGUGAUCCAGUGGGACGACGAACUAGUGGAGGUCCUUGGGGGCGCCACCAAGUGGAGCUUCGAGAUAUGUGAGGAGAGGAUGAAGGCAUGAGAAGCCCCCCCACCCCCACCCAUAGAAAGGAGCUUGACAGCAACUUCCCCUGCCUCCACGCCACCUAAGGAACGAGGCGUCAGGGAUCCCCUUUUUCCCAGAUAGAAACAUCUUGAGUUCUGAAUCCACUCGGGGAGGGAGGUGAGAGGGGCAAGAAAACCAUCUGAACUCAAAGAAAUUUGACGCUGUUUGUUUUAUUGUGCCAGUUAAGGCCUAUUUGAGGGGUAACAAGUGAGUGGCAAGGUUCUCCACCAACCAUCCAUACAAUGGCACCACCAGGGGGCCACUCUGGUGUGGGGAUGGGGGAGCCACAGGUACACUGGGAACUACCGAGCCAACAUUUCUCCUCUCCUCACAUCCUGUUGCUAGCAUCGCCAGUCUGGCGUGGGUACUGGGUGGAACUGCAAAGGCCGUAGAGCCUAGCUUGGGGGGCACUGGUCCUGGGAAAACCAUUGGCUGAUUGGGAAUACCCAAGCUAAUAUUUCUCUAGUCACUCCAUGUUCCACUGGGAGUGUCACAGUGAUAAACCCUCCUCCAAAUAUUAGCUCCAUGGUCCUGCCAGCUGGGAUUCCCCUUGGAUUCCCCCCGUCUCCUAUAGCUACCAACACCUGAGUUCCACAGAGGACUUAACAGGUUUUGUUCAUUUCCUCUUGCCACAAGUGGGCCAAACUCAUCCUGGGUAGAACUUAAUGCUUUAAGGCUGAGUUUCCCACAGCUGCCUAGGGGCAUUUGGAUGCUCAAAUCCAGUGGUUCUCAAACUUUUGUACUGGUGACCCCUUUCAUACAGCAAGCAUCUGAGUGCAACCCCCCCUUAUAA